AUGGUUACCGUCCAAACUGCCAAUGCAGAUAGGAAAGUGCCACAUUUCCCUAAAAUCGAAGGCAAUAUUCAUAAGCUGGUCUUCAGAUGGCUGUGGCAUGUGGACAUUCAAAUUGUUUUUCCAAAUAGCUUCACAGAAAAGGCUUUAAGGAAAAAAUGGAAGAACAUUCGGGACCAAUUUAUGAAAGAAUUUAAGAAAAUUCCGGUUUCUCGUUCUGGUGAUGCUGGAGCAGAUCAAAACACUUCAAUGUGGCCCUAUUUUAAAAUGAUGCUGUUCAUAAAAGAUGAUGUUACCCCAGAAAUAAAUGAAGGCAAUUUAGAUGAAACUACUGAUGAAAACAGCAAUAAUAAUGAUGAUGAUGAGCGGUCCUCAACUCCCCAAUCCAUAGCUGGUGCAUCUUCAAGGGCAUGCAGUGACCAUGAAGUGAAGGUUUUUUCAGGUAAACUGCCACUUUGGAAAAGAAGGUGGGAAGCUGAUAACUUUGCAAAUUUUUCCAUGUUUGAAGAGUCCCUUACACAAGGUGACGGCACUAUGAAAAGUAAUUCAAAAUUGGUACAAACACAGGUGUCAGACCAUCUGGAAGCAUUGCAAAAGUCUUUUCAAGACUACUUUAGCCCAGAACAGCUUGAUAAAGAAACAUGGGCAUGUAGUCCAUUUUUAAUUGAUAUGGAUAAUAUCAGCGAUGAAGAUUUUAUUAAAGAUGAUUUAAUUGACAUGAGAUCUAAAGAAGUAUUGAGAGCUGAAUUUCAUGCCAAAACUCUUGGUGAGUUUUGGUGUUCUUUGAGUCAUGCUUACCCAACUCUGGUCAAACGAGCUAUGUCCGUUCUGAUACCAUUAGCCGGAUCCACACCAGACGAUCCAAAGCGCUCCGAUCGCGCGCUCCACGGAGCGUGA